GCGUAAUUUCGUUGCGAUUCGCACUACCCAAUUAUUCAUUCAAUCUUCUUUUUAUCCGAUCAAAAAUUCUUCCGUUUGCAAUCCUCUUCUUGCAACUCGCGAGUGCUUCUUCGAGAAGACACCGACAUAACUGUUGAAAGAUGCAGCUGACAUCGUGUUGCAGGUGUUACUCGCUGAAGGCGGGCACAUUGUUCACUGGAAUAUGUGGCAUAAUCCUCUCGAUCAUCUCACUAGUCCUUAUCUUCACAUUGAACGUAGAAUGGAAGACGAUACUGAUCGACGUGUUGGACAAGAACAUCGUCAGAAUCAUUUUCGCGAUAAACUUAUGCAUGACGAUCCUGAUCUCAACGUUACUUAUAGUAGGGGUUCUUAAGAAAAAUACGUUUAUGAUGAUACCAUGGGUGGUCCUAGGAAUAAUCUUAGCAGUUGGCCUAUUGGUCAGCGUUCUGUACACAUCCAUCAUGUUCUUCGUGAAUCAUGAAGUAAUAAACGGCGUCCUAUGGCUCGUCCUUGGUCUCGUUGCUGUCGUGGUCUAUACGUACCUAUGGUUUGUCGUCUACAGCUACUUCCAGCAACUCAGAUACGACAAAGUGAACAACAGGAUGGGUCCUUAUGGAAGACCGUACAGCUACCGACGACCUUGAAGAACGCCGAAAUGAAUCGAUGACCUCACGAGGAAAGAACGACCGAGAGGUUUCACAUCUGCAGAGGAAUUAGACUGUUCUCCAGAAGACACGCGUAGGAUGAUAAAUAUUUAGCCAAUAGGCAGGGUAGCAAUACUAUGAUGUUAGAAUGGAAGUUAUUUCUGAUGGUACACCGAUGCGGGACGAGCUUUAAACACUCAAGUGGCUGACGCCUACGCGCGAAACAGUUUAAUUACUUUUUUGAGAUGAAUCGCUCCGGGGUUCGAUCAACGUAAUCAAGCACCAAAGCACGUGGCAACACCUUUAAACGAUUAAUCAUGUUCUGUAAUAGCAUUUAACAAGAGCGAGAAAUUUCAUACUUGUAGAAUUUAGAAUGUUUAUCAUCGUUACGAAUGUGAAGUUAAUUAUUGUAAGCCGAUCUACACUGCCGUGACCGAUAUCGAAAAGGUAAGGCUGAUCUACGGAUGGUACGAGAAUAGAUACCAUUUUCAAGGAUACACGAAAACGUAAAGCGUAUGCAAAAAUAUACGCGUUGCCUCAUCAUACGGAGAAACAGUCUCUCCCACGCAAGGUUAACGACUGAUUUUAUUUAUUUAAAUGACCCUCGUCUUCUGACUAUUGUUACACGCGACGCGAAAUAAAUUAUUAUUGUUUGUAA